AUGGCUAUCCUAAUCCCGUCCCUGACGUGGACGUACGCGACAGUUCUAUAUUUGAGCUUGACAACUAUCCUGUCAUUGCUGGCCUCAAUCAUUCGCCUGCAAUCUUACAAUGCUGUCAAGACACAGAAUCCAGAGAUCACGUUUUCAGAGAUCGUGGUUCCUGUUCUUCAAUUGGUGCCGAACCGGGCGUUGUUUUAUCCUUGGACUUUACUCACAGAGACUUUCGUCGAAACAUCUGUGUUGAAGUUCCUGAUUGCCGUCACGGUAUUCUACUUUGGCAUCAAUUAUCUGGAAAAACACUGGAACCUCAACAACGAAAAUAAGAUAUUUUCCGAAACGGUAUACUACAUCACCAUAGUCACAGUGGCGACCAAUGGAAGCACAGUGCUCCUUGAAAUGCUGUUCCACGUUUUAUCAUUCCAGUCUGCAAAGCUUACUGAGCCAGUUAACCAUGGCGUCUACUCCCUUAUGAUGAGUUUCGUCGUGGUGCUCAAACAAUUGUCUCCUGAGCACAAUCUUAAGAUAUUCAAUACAGUGUCUAUUCGUUUGAGACAGAUGCCGUUUAUCCUUCUUUGUACAGCUGUUGUUGUUUCUCUGAUUACAAGGUCGUUGGUGCCGGUUGUGCCUAUAUUCAAUAAUUUCUAUGUCAGCUGGGUUUAUUUGCGCUAUUAUCAAAUUAACACACUUAGCGAUCUGCUUCCUUCCAAUAACACCCGUUCCAUGGUAAGAGGAGACGCCUCGGAUACUUUUGCAUUUAUUCAGUUCUUUCCUGCUGGUCUGCACAAGGUGCUGAGGCCAUUGUGCCGAGCAUGCUACCACACCUCUGCACUGGUAGGAAUCAUAAGACCGUUCAAUGACGACGAUAUUGAGUCCGGCAACUUGAGAACAAUCAAAAGACUCAAUACCCAGACAACAACAGUCACUCGUGAAAUUGCAGAUAGAAGAAGACAGGUAGCUCUCCAGGUGCUCGGUGAGCGAGUGAAUGCAAAUCCGUCAGGCACUAGCCAAAGAGCCUGA